AUGAAUGCACUGGCAGCAAAAGACCCUCACUUCUUCUGUCGAUUCACAACAGAUUCAGAAGAUAGGAUGGUGGACAUGUUUUGGCGAGAUGGGCAUUCAUUUGUUGACUAUCAGUGUUAUGGGGAUGUGUUGAUAUUUGACAGCACUUACAAAACCAAUGUCUACAACAGGCCAUUGGUUUUGUUUGUUGGGACGAAUAAUCAUCGGGGUAGUAUUGUCUUCGGUGCUGCUCUUCUUUCAGAUGAGACCGUGGAGACUUACACUUGGUUGCUUAGAAAAUUCCUGGAUUCGAUGAACGGGAAAAUGCCAAAGGCUGUAAUCACAGACGAAGACGAGGCCAUGCAUAUUGAAAUUCGAACCGUGAUGCCGGAAGCAAGGCACCGUCUCUGUAUUUGGCACAUAGGUCAAAAUGCUAAUGGCCACUUAAAGUUAGCGAAAAAGUUGAAGGCUUUCAACAGGUGCAUUAGGAAGUAUCAAACGGUUGUGCAAUUUGAUAGGUUGUGGCAGGAUAUGCUAGACGAAUUUGAUCUCCACGACAAUGAUUGGAUCAACAGUAUGUAUGAAAAGAGAGAUAAGUUUUGUCAAGCAUUCUUCCGUGAUAUAUUUAUGGCCGGCAUGAGAAGCACACAAAGGUGUGAGAGAAUGAAUAAAGACUUCAAGCUUGUCCUAUCGAAAAGCAAAACCUUUGUGCAGGUUGUUUCGUUGGUGGACCGAACACUUAUGAGAAUUAGAAACAAUCAAGAAAGGGAUGAUUUCAACACUAUGAAUUCAUUUCAUAGUGCGAAAACUCACUUGGAAGAUUUAGAGAAACAAGCAUCUUCUGUAUUCACACACGACGUGUUUAAGUGGAUUUUUAGGGUGAUCAUGAAAGAGGCUCAUAUCACACUAAAGCAAGGAACAGAAUGUCAUGAAGAUGGUUCCCGGGUUUACAAGGUAUCAGUUUACAAGCGUCCUAAUUUUGAACACACUGUUACCUACUACCCUUGGAAAGAGACUGAAAGUGCAGCAGACCUGAUUAUGGUGUGCUCUUGCGGAAUGUUUGAGUAUAGGGGAGUGCCGUGUCGUCACAUGUUCUCGGUGAUGAAAGAAAACAUCUUUCAUCUUCACAAGUCAUUGAUAGUGAAGAGGUGGUCGAGGGACGCAAGAAGUGUUUGUGAAAUCCUAUAUCCAGACAAAGAAAUGCCCCAAGAAGCCGUGCAAGUGAGCAUGUAUGGUGCUUUGACUGCUGAUUGCAAUCGGUUGUGCUUUUAUGCUUCAAAGACGCAAGAAGCCUACAACAUGUUGAAGAUGGAGAUCGAUAGACUAGCAGCAAUUAUGGAAGGUUUGGCGAGUGAUCAAGAAAAAGUGCAAGGGCUAGUUAUUCCUAAUGAUCGAGCUAACGUGAUUAUCUUGUCUAUAGGGGCGCUUAUCAAUGCUCACGGACCAUUCUAUAGAAGACUUGUAGAAGUAGGAAUGGGUCAAUUUCAGUUUCGCCUAAAGUCGUACCCGUGGAUCAGGGAUGACGUCGAGCUAACAUGCAACAAUAGGAACUACAUCAUAUUUGGCACUGGUUGGCAGGAGUUUGUGAAGGCCUAUGAAAUCCAUCCCAACGAUUGGGUUCAUCUGAGGUUCGUUCCAGAAAGUCGCAGCAUUGUUGUGAUGGCAUUUCGCUGGGUAGAUAGGGUCCGCUAUGCUGCCACUCAAGCACCUGUGCCAAGCCUUGAUCCUCAUCCAUCUUCUUCUUCUGAAAGUACAUAA